AUGGGUUCUUCGACUCGGAAGGUCCCUCUCUCACUUCUAUGGCUCCUUGUCUGUGCAUUGCUGCAGACCCCCACCUCCGCCAUCAGGAAGGCAAGUAACACCUGGCCUUCCUGGGCUUCUUUUAUUUUGGUCUUCGACUCAUCUCAUCAACCCCUCUACUGACGGGUUUCCUGUUUCUGCAAUGCAGACAUAUGUUGUGUAUAUGGGGGGCCAUCUUCACAACCGGGAAGAGGUGUCCUUGGAACAGGCGGAUGUGGUCACAGCAUCCCACCACGAGUUCCUGGAAUCCUUCGUAGGCAGGUAAUUGAACAUUCAUUUCUCAAUAACAGCCAAAUGGUCUCCCUCCUAACAAGCUCAUUUUUAGUCAGCCUUACCUAACUCUAGGGCAUCGAUUGAUGUUGCAGCAAGGAGAAGGCCCAAGACGCGAUCUUCUACUCCCACUCGAGGCACAUCAAUGGGUUUGCCGCACAUCUAGAGGAGGAGGAGGCGAUGGAGAUAUCUAGUUGAACUCUUCUACCGCUCCCAUCGGUCUCUUUUCCUUGGCAGCUCUAAACUGCGGCCGGCUUAUUAUCCUUCGCUUCUGCUGUUUGUAGAAUCACCGUGAGUCUUGGCCGUGUUACCCAACGAGAUGCACGAGCUACACACGACGCGCUCAUGGGAAUUCCUAGGGCUGGAGAACGAAGGGACUGUCCCUGAGAACUCCAUAUGGAGGAAGGCAAGGCUAGGGGAAGACACAAUCAUUGGGAAUCUUGACACUGGUAAUCCACCCCAACCUCUCCUCACCUCGCUUUUCUUUCCCCGCCUUCUUCCUCUCUCUCUCUCUCUCUCUCUCUCUCUCUCUCUCUCUCUCUCUCUCUCUCUUUCUCUCUCUUCCCUACUGGGUUCGUCACCUGAUUCCGCGCAGGGGUGUGGCCGGAGUCGGCAAGCUUCAACGACGAGGGCUUGGGGCCCAUCCCGUCGAGGUGGAAGGGGGCCUGCGAGAGCAGCCCCAGCGAUCCCAUCCGCUGCAAUAGGUAUGUUCAGCAGCUUUUCAAAACGUUCACCUCGAAAGGUCGUCUCUCCGCUUACUACUCCAUCUUUACCAUAACACGCAACUACCAUCGUCAUCAACACUCCAUCGACCAGUAACGUAUACCCUAACAAUAGAAAGUUUCAAAGGGACAACUUUUAAGAGAUCACUUGUCACCGUCACCGGUUCCGCCAUCGUUUUGCCUCAGUCCAUCUAUCUCUAGGCGUGAUUCAGAUUAUCUAGACAAGGUUGAGGCUUUGAUGUGAUGUUUCAGUAUAACCGUGAAUAAGAUGGACAAUUGCUGUCAUUUCCUUGACCUAGGAAGCUGAUCGGGGCCCGAUUCUUCUACAAGGGAUAUGUAGCCGCCGGUAGAACGUUAAACGCCAGCCAGAUCACCUCCCGCGAUACCGACGGCCACGGCACCCACACCCUUGCCACCUCCGCCGGCCGGUUCGUCCCGGGCGCCAGUCUCUUCGGCUUCGGCAACGGCACCGCCAAGGGCGGGGCGCCCAGCGCCCGGGUGGCGGCAUACAAGGUGUGCUGGGGCUCCACAAACAGCAGCCGCUGCUCCGAGGCCGACAUCCUUGCCGCCAUCGAUCAAGCCAUCGAAGACGGCGUAGACGUGCUCUCGGUGUCCCUCGGUGCGAGUGCCAGUGACUACAUUAAGGAUGGGCUGGCCAUCGGGUCGUUCCACGCCGUGAAAAACGGGAUCACCGUGGUGGCCUCCGGCGGCAAUUCCGGUCCCCGCAAUGGAACGGUAGGGAACGUCGCGCCAUGGUUCCUCACUGUGGGAGCCAGCACGAUGGACCGGGAGUUCAUCUCCUACGCCAUACUCGGAAGCGGGGUACAACUCAAGGUUCGGUCACCCCUCAGAAUCGUCACUCAGUUCUUCGUUCCUCGGUUGUCUUCUCGAAGCUCACUCCACUUCGUCGACUUCUCCAUUCCUGCGUGAUUCCUCCAGGGCCAGAGCCUUUCCGUCUCCAGUCUCCCGGCGAACCAAUCCUAUCCGCUGAUCUGUGGUGCUAAUGCUCAAGCUGCCAAUUCUACCCCCGACGAUGGGUAAGGACGAUCGACCCCGCUUCCUCCAUUGUUGAUCUAGUACUCAUCCGAUUGAAUGAUAUUUCGGUCCUUCUCAGCUGGAUCUGCUCCUUGGGGUCGCUGGAUCCAGAGAAGGUGAAGGGGAAGAUCGUGGCCUGCCGAUUGGGAGAUGUCUCGAACGUGGAGAAAGGCCAGACGGUGCUCCUCGCCGGCGGCGUCGGGGUUAUCAUCACAAACCCUGCCACCCGGGCGAACUAUAUCCCCGCCGACCCUCACGUCCUCCCUGCCGUAGCGUUAUCAUAUGAAGAUAGCCUCACCCUCUACAAUUACAUCAACUCUUUCAUGUGAGUAAUUAUGUCAAUCUUCCAUGCAACCUUCUGCCAUAACCGAGGCCAAGCGGGAAUCGCAUCCCUCACCGAUGUCCCGCCAACCAAACCCCUACCUCUCCCUUUCUCUGUCUAGUCGAUGUCCUAACCUCCUCUAUCUCUCGAAGAAGCAUACACUUGACAACUCGCAACGCACAGCAUAACUUAACGAUCCAAUUUUAGAGGACUGGAAAUACUGAUGUACGCCCACAAUGGACUAGGUUAGCUAGAAUCGCCACAGACUUAUCCAAUUCACGGUAUAUUUCCGGCGAAUCUGUCCAUACUUUGAAUAUCCAACUUGAAUCGGCAUGCAGUUCGUUAAAUCUUCCCAUCCCGGUUUACCGACUUACCUUCAAAGUGUUGGUUUACAUUUCUGAAUUUGAUUGAAGCCGCGUCUAGUUUUUAUUGUUCCUAACUCGGAUGUAACUCCAAAGUGUUGGUUUGCAACCUAUUUAAACAUAAUAACAUUCCUCUUUUCCCCUCAUUUCACAUAUAUUUAUGUUAUUUCGGUAUUAACCAUAGUCUUUCUGUUUUUAAACACGCAUAGACCUCAAAAUUUUCACUCGUUCGCAAAAACCUUUGUUUCAAACUGAACGUAGAGUUGUUAAGCCAAUUAAAUUGACGUCUUAACACUUAUCUUAGGCAGCUUCACCCAGUCGUUUCUUCAAAACAUACGAGUGAUCCACUGACUUGGCUGCAGGAACCCUGUAGCUAGCAUUAUUGCACCAACCACGGUGGUGGGGAGCAAGCCGGCGCCUUUCAUGGCCUACUUCUCAUCCCGAGGGCCCAACCCUGUGAACCCCGAGAUCCUUAAGGUUCUCUUACUUCCUUUAUCUAUCUAUCUCUAUCCUUUCUAUCAGCCUUUCCACAGAAAUGAUUAAAGGGCCCUAGUUAAAAUAAUUUCCCGGUUCUGAUCUGGGCAUUGAAUGGCUUGCAGCCGGAUAUCACUGCUCCAGGUGUGAGCGUUCUCGCUGCCUUCACCGAGGCAGUCGGACCAUCUCGUAACUCCUUCGACAACCGCCGGGUUCGAUUCAACAUAUUGUCGGGAACGUCGAUGUCCUGCCCUCACAUCUCCGGGGUCGCCGGACUCCUCAAAACCCUUCACCCCGACUGGAGCCCGGCGGCGAUCAAAUCCGCGAUCAUGACAACCGGUGAGUUUCGAGUCGGCGCUGAAAGAAAGGUCGCUUAAAUUUUCCAUGACUGAUCUGGAUUUGCUGCUGUCAACUUGGCUGCAGCGACGAUCGAUGAUAACCUUGGGAAGCCCAUACUCGAUUCCUUUUUCUCGACUGCCACCCCGUUCAGCUACGGCAGUGGGCACGUCCGCCCGAACCUGGCCAUGGAUCCCGGCCUUGUCUACGACCUCACGGUGGAGGACUACCUCCUCUUUCUCUGCGCCCUCGGAUACAACUCCAGUCAGGUCGCCACCUUUCACGGGGCGCCCUUCGCGUGUCCGCUGACUCCUCCCCGACUCCUCGACCUCAACUACCCCUCCAUCAGCGUACCACGACUUUCCGCUCCCACGAUCGUCACUAGGAAGGUGAAGAACGUCGCUUCGCCGGCCAAGUACACAGCACAAGUGACUCCGCCCCCCGGUAUCUCGGUAAAGGUGACUCCGGCAAUCCUUAUCUUCAGCAAGUACGGCCAGGAGGAGGCCUUCAGCGUCACGGUGGAGGCGGAGACCGGCGCGAAGGCCGGCACAUCUGUCUUCGGCCGUUUAACAUGGUCGGACGGCGUUCACAACGUCAGAAGCCCCAUCGUCAUUGGCAUCGUAUGA